AUGUCAUUAUCGGGUUAUGUUGCUCAUAAGUUAAGUAAGAAUAAACCGGGAAAUAGAUCUGAUAUUGGUUGGGAGUAUGGAAUUGAUGUUGAUAGCAAUUCUAAGAAAGUUAAAUGCAAAUUUUGCUCUAAAAUAUUCUCGGGUGGAAUAUAUCGUUUCAAACAUCAUUUAGCUUGUACACACAAAGAUGCUGAGCCUUGUAUUAGUGUACCUGAUGAUGUGAAAUUAAAUGUUAGAGAGUUUUUAUCGAAAAAUGAUGAGGCAAAACAAAGAAAAAGACAAAAAGAUGUUUAUGAGAAUGAAGAUGAUGAAGGAGAGGAUAUGCAAAUUGUUUCAAAACAAAUUGACAAAGGUGCGAGACAAUCUUUUAUAAAGAGAUCAAACGUACAAAAAACAGUGAGUGAAAUAUUUAAGAAAGAUUUAAGGGAAGAUGUUUGUCAAAUGAUCUCUCGUUUUCUCUAUACUAGUGCCAUUCCUUUCAAUGUUGUGAAAAAUCCUUAUUUUGAAAAAGCGCUUGAGAUGGUUGCUAGACAUGGUCUAGGAUUUAAGCCACCUACUUAUCAUGAAGUACGAGUGAAAUAUCUAAAGAAAGAUGUGGAACUAACACACGAGUUGUUAAGAGAUUUUAAGAUAGAAUGGAGAAAAACAGGUUGCUCAAUUAUGUCGGAUGGUUGGACUGAUAAGAAAAGACGUUCUAUAUGCAAUUUUUUGGUUAACAGUCCUAAAGGAACGGUUUUUUUAACUUCCAUUGACACUUCUGACAUUUCUAAGACAGCGGAUAAGAUAUUUCAAAUGUUAGAUGCAAUUGUAGAAGAAGUUGGAGAAGAGAAUGUUGUUCAAAUAGUUAGUGACAAUACUGCUAAUUACAAAUUAGCUGGUGAGUUGUUGAUGGAAAAAAGAAAAAGGUUAUAUUGGACUCCUUGUGCUGCCCAUUGUAUUGAUCUCAUGUUAGAAGAUUUUGAGAAAAAAAUACAUGUAAAUACCUUGACAAUUCAGAGUGCCAAAAGCAUAACAAGGUAUAUAUACUCGAGAACUCUACUUAUAUCUAUGUUACGACAUUUUACUGAUGGAAGAAACUUGAUUAGACCGGCAAAGACAAGAUUUGCCACUGCAUAUCUCACAUUAGGGAGUUUUAUUAAUUUAAAAGUUCCACUAAUGACUAUGUUUAGUUCAAGAAAUUGGAAAUCAAGUUCAUUCUCGAGUACGGUUGAUGGAAAGAAAAUUGAGGCAAUGGUUAUUGGUAGUCGAUUAUGGUCAAAUAUAAUUACAUGUCUCAAAGCUGCGAGACCUCUAAUUAAAGUACUUAGAAUGGUGGAUUCAGAUGUUAAGCCUGCCAUGGGUUUUAUUUAUGAACAAAUGGAUGAAGCUAAAGAAAAGAUUAGAGUCAACUUCAACAAUAUAAAGAGAAAAUAA